GACAAAAGCAUGACAUUCUUGAGACUCUUGCUGCCAAGAUGCAUAGCUUCAAAGCUUACCCCAAUGAUAAGGAGGUUUCAAUGGUAGCAGAAGCACUUGUCAUUAAGCAUCCUUGUCUGAAAGAGCCAGGAUCUCAGACGGGAUGGUAUGGUUGGAAAAAUAGUUUAAAGUUUAAGAUGGGGAACUUCCGCACUAAGUUGAGUCGUGCAGGAUUUCAUGAGGUAGCUAUAAAUUCUGGGAAAAGGAGCCGGAACAACCCAAACAAACCAUCUCCUCACACCAACAUCAAAAGACCGAAGAGGGCAGAAGUGAAUUUCCUUCCCAAUUUCCCAAGAGGUGAAAAUGCUGCAAGCCUUGAACGACUGAGACUGCAAAUUGUAGAUGAAGUGAAGAAGAGUGACAAGAACCUUUCUCUGAUUGGAAAGUUAAUGCAGACUACCUUUGCCCUUCGGCGCAAUGAGAUCGUCAGUGAUGAUCCCCCUGUUGAUGAGAUCCUGGAACGCUGGCCUGCACUCAAAAUGGAGUCACAAAUCUGUGCUGAGUUUCACAGAAUCUCAAACAUCAACCUAAAGAACUGCUUCUAUGCUGAGUUGGAUCGACAUGCCCCACGUCUUCAGCGCUUGUUCAGGAGGAAAGCUGCACGGACAGGGAAAGCAGCUGAAGUCCUCAGUCGGAUCUUCCAGAUGUAUGACCUCCAGGAACAAGUUGAUGUUCAUGUCAGACGUGCUGCUGUUCUCCGUGCUCUCCCUGCAUAUCUGCAUGAUGACGACUCUGGAUUUCUCAAGCAAUGGGAUGUGGCGCAGUCUGAACCAGACAUUGGUGACUUACCGGUUGGGCUCUUGAUCAGUGCCACUUCAGAUGCCAUGUACCUCUGCCCAGAGAAGGUUGCGGUCGUGCUCGAGGGUAAAACAGUCAUUGAUUUUCCCACAUUCGCUGACGCAUUUGUAGUGCUUUUCGCACUGAUUUAUGCACUGCAUCUGAAUUACCCAAAAGACAUGGCAAAUACUUUUGACUUCACUCAGAAAGUCUUGAUGGGUCUGGAGGAUGGAAACAUGAGACCCAGGGUCUUGAGCCUCAAAAAUGAACUUUUGGCAGUGGAGUAGUUUGUUCCUGUUUUAAAACAUCUUAGAGAUGUGUUUUUCAAAGAUUUUUAUUGUUCAAUUUUGAAUGUGUUAAUGUUCAAGAAAACUCAUUCUGUACUGGUAAGAUCCCAUACCAUGCGGUUGUCCACUAUGUGGUUCUUUUGUCAGGCCAUUUUGUUAGGCCCUUGCACUAUUGUUCAAUGUUACUGUUCCUGUUUUUGCACUGAAUGGAAGCGUAUAGGGCAAGAUAUUGAUGUAUAACGUGAAAGUUGUCAACCAGCAGAGAUAUUGCCUUAAUAUUCAUUGUCAUGUAACUCUUUUUAAUAUGCGGCCAUUAUAAGCAAACUGAAAAAUUGGUGAACAGAACGGUUUAUGGCAAUAUUUGGAUAAUUUUGGUAUCAAUUGCCUUUCCUUGUCAGGAAACGUACAAAAAUGUUUUUAACUUGCCACGAUUGUAUAUUAAUAUCAUGAUAAAAAUUGGCAUGUACCAUUAUAGGAGUAUAUACAUAUUGUCCACUUCUAUAGUUUGGGGAAAAAAGUAAUUUCCCAAAGGCCCCUGCACUGUUUUUGAAGGUGUUAUCGUGCUAAUUUCAGUGUAAAAUGUUUUUGGUUACUAAAUAAAAUAGUAACUUGCAUUUGAA